AUGAAAGGAAGAGACAGGAUGAACAAAACCCGGAGCUCCAAGCAACAAGGCUGGUUGGGUCGUUUUCACUUCCUAAUUCAUCAACAACAACAAACCCUCGUUCUACUCGAGUUUCAGCUGCCUUCGUACUUCCGGAGCAUCCAUAUUACUUUGACCAUGGGCGGCAAGUUGACGAAGGGCGAUGAAUCACCUAUGACUUCGGCACCUACAACAAAACUUGAAGCCAAAAUUCUGAAAACAAUGCGUAGCAGAGAAUCUCAAGGAACUUCCAUGAAAUCUUUCAAUACAAUAAUUCUAAAAUUCCCAAAAAUUGAUGCAAGCCUACGCAAGUGCAAAGCUAUAUUUGAACAAUUUGAUGAAGAUAAAAGUGGUUCCAUUGAUCCCAAGGAGCUGAAUCAUUGCUUCCGUGAGUUAAAAAUAGACUUUACAGAUGAGGAAAUCAAAGAUAUUUUUGAGGAAUGUGAUAUAAAUGAUGACAUGGGAAUAAACUUCAAGGAGUUCAUUGUGAUUUUGUGUCUUGUCUAUCUUUUGAAGAAAGAUCGAUCCAAUUCACGUAUGGGGAUCCCGGAUCUAGAAACGGCUUUUGAAACCAUGGUUGACUCAUUUGUGUUCUUGGAUAAAAAUAAGGAUGGUUAUGUUAGCAAAGACGAGAUGGUUGGUGCAAUAAAUGAAACUACUUCCGGGGAGCGAUCUUCUGGGCGCAUAGCCAUGAGAAGAUUCGAGGAAAUGGAUUGGGAUAAAAACGGAAUGGUCAACUUCAAGGAGUUCCUUUUCGCCUUCACUAAAUGGAUUGGGCUUGAAGAUGCCGAAGAUGAAGACGAAGAAGAAGAAGAAGACAUAAACGAGUGAGCAAGGAUCAAGAUUCAUUUAUUUAUGCCUUUUGUUAAUAGGUUUUGAACGUUAAAACUUGUUUCUUUAUCUUUCAAGAAC